GUUUUCAAUAUUCUCACUUUGUGCGCGUCGGCCUUCACUGUUGAACCGGAUGGUCUUCAGUUCUUGGCCUCUCACAGUUUCGACUUCAAUCGUUUGAUUAAACUGGGUAUCCCUUAUGCAAGUCAUGAUUGCGGUGUGUCUGGAAAGAAUGGUUUUUCUGGGGGAUACGGAACAUAUUCGCAGAAAGAUUCGUUAAGAAUCCUGUGGAAUGAAAUAUUGUGCUCAUCGAUACCGAUUGCCUUUCAUAAUGGCUUGAUCGAUUUGGCGUUCAUAUACGAACAUUUCUAUUCGACGCUUCCCGAAACUUUGGACGAAUUCGUCGCUAAUUUAUCGGAUUGGUUCAUAUUGGACGAAGAUGAAAGCAGACCUGGAUUAUACGACUCGAAGUAUUUAGCCGAAUUUGUGGCGCGGAUGAAUGCUUCGUAUUUGGAAUAUGUUUUCAGGAAAUGUUCAUCACGUGCCUAUAUCAGUGUUGAUUUCGAUUCGGAUUUGUUGCGAACAAAUUUCAUCAACAGCGUCAACAACGACCAGAAAUCAUUCGAACAAAUCAACUGUGAACUACCUGAAGAGUUCAGAGAACCGGUGAUUUUACCGAGAAGUGUGAACGAUAAAGAUGCGCAAAUGAUAUGUAAGAAGUAUGCGGCGUUCGGUUUCUGCCCUUCGAAUCGAAGAUGUUAUCUGUCGCAUAAUAUUGAUUUGGUUUUGGAUUUGGAAGAGCAGAAACAAUCAAAGGUAAGGGAACGACGUAAACGACGUUAUGAUUACGCAUCAAAACUGUUGCGGUCAGAAGAGGCAGAGCCAAAAGGAGCAGAGUCUACAUCGUGCUCAAGAAAGUGUUCAGAAAAUGAGGAUGACGCAACAAAUGGUCAUCUAAAUGGGUCGAUGGAGAAUGAAAUUGAAAUGAAUAACACAGAAGCACAGCUUAGAUCGUUCAAUGAUUUCAAACGAGCUGCCAUUGGAUGUCAUCGAGCAGGGAUGGAUUCAUUCAUGACUGGAUUCGCGGUUAUCUUCAUGUCUCGAAUGGCUAUCCUGAGGACUGGUGAAUUGACUCCGGAACACGGAAAUCGUUUGCCCUUAAGAGGUAAACCGAUACCGUUGUUAAUCCACAGAAGUGAAUUCACAAUGCCAACUGCAGAACAUUGCACCCAAUGGGAACGUAUCUCAAUCGAACGUGAAAGGAGAAGGCAUUUGAAAAAUAUUCAAUUGAAUGGUAUUUCAUAA